AUGACUACACAACGCGUGUUCCGCCUGCCUCAGCGCACAUCCAUCCAAGACCUCCAAGUCAACGAAGAAAAGGUGCCUGAGCCCGCCUCCCAAGAAGUCCUGAUCCGGAUCAAGAGCAUAGCGCUCAACUUCCGCGACUUCGCCGUUGCUACCGGAAAGUACCCCUUCCCAGUCAAAGACAACGUGGUACCCUGCUCUGACCUGUCUGGCGAGGUCAUACGUGUGGGUGACCAAGUUGAAGACUUCGCCGAGGGAGACAAGGUCAUCGCAUCUUUCGACUUGAAGACGUUGUACGGUGCCAUGCCGGAUUGGCACCAUAGCCUGGGUGGCUGCUACGAUGGAGUUCUUCGAGAAUAUAUCGCAUUGCCUAGCUCGGCGCUCGUCAAAGUGCCAUUGACUAGUGGGCUCAGCUUCGCUCAACUUUCGGCUUUGGUGUGUACGGGUACCACCGCUUGGAAUGCGCUUUAUGGCAACAACCCUCUGAAACCUGGACAGACGGUGCUCUUUCUUGGCACCGGUGGCGUUUCGAUCACUGGUCUCAUCUUAGCCAAAGCAGCAGGUGCUGUUACGAUCAUCACCUCUUCAUCUGACGACAAGCUCGCCCAGGUCCAAAAGACGUACGGUGCCGACUAUACCAUCAACUACAAGUCGACGCCCAACUGGUCUCAAGAGGUGCUCAAGAUCACCAAUGGCCACGGUGCGGACUUUAUUCUCGAGAACGGUGGAGCUGGGACGAUUGCUCAAAGCAUUGAUGCAGUGGCUUAUGGUGGAAACAUUGCAGUGAUAGGGUUCCUUGCCUCAUGUCCACAAGAGAAGAUGCCCGAUGUUGCAGCACUCGCCCUCUCCAAGGGUGCAAUCGUUCGCGGCAUCAUGGUGGGGUCUAAGCAACAGCUGGAGGAUGUCACGCAUUUUGUGACUUCUAAGAACCUCAACGUGCCUGUGGAGAAGGUGUUUGGUUUCGAAAGAGAAGACGUCGUUUCAGCUUUCGAGUACUUGGUGUCUGGUCAGCACAUCGGCAAAGUCUGUAUUGCUGUGAAUUGA